AUGGAAAAGGCUAAUGUCGAGAAGAUUGAGCCUGAUAGGCCAUAUGCUGAGUUUUGGAUGAGAACCCAUGACUCAGAGCCAAGUUUUAUGGCUUAUGAUAAUGGAGAAGGUGGGAAUUUGGGUUUAAGAGAUUGGAUUUUGAAGAAUCCGAAUGUGCUUGGUCACAAGGUUUUGAAAAAAUGGGGGCCUGAUCUUCCUUUUCUGUUCAAGGCACAUCCGGAUAAAGAAUUGGCCAAAGAAUUGUAUAAGUUGAAACGAAAUAUCUAUAAGGAUGCUAAUCAUAAACCUGAGAUGGCUUUGGCCAUAACAAAAUUCAGGGCCCUUUGUGGGUUCAUUACUUUUGAGGUAAUACAUGAAUCAUGCUCGUUUUUUGGUGGUGAAACUUCCCUUUCCUGGUUGUCUUCUUCGAAGAAAAGUAGCAAAAACGAUCAACAAACAGAGGGAGGCUCUAUUGAAACUACAGUUUCAUCUGGUCACUUGCAUGAAACGAGUCACAAAGGUUAUGAUGUUCCAAGCGCUGCCACUGAUGACCUUAAGAGUGAGAACCAAGGAGAUGCAGAUGGAAGUGGCAACUCUGGAGAAGAUGAGAACGAUGUGCAGAAUGGAAGGCCUUUGUCUCAUGGAACACGUGCAUUGAUGUGUGAUGAAGAAGACACAAUGUUUAUGGAAGUGAAGUCACCUAAUUUAUUGACAAAUCAUUCUUGA